AUGGACAAACCACUAUCCUAUGAUUCUCUAAAGUCGGUGCUGAAGCAUAUGAAUCUGAAAAAGAGAGAACAAAUCGACUAUAUCCUGCCAUCCCUCAAAACUGCGAAUUCCAAAUUUCCAUAUCAUCUCUCAAAAGUGACAAUCGGUGACUGGCACCUGAAGAUCAACAACAGAACAUGGGAUGUCCAUCCGGCAUUCCAGAAGAUGAACGAACCACUGACAGCAGAAGACGUGGCAGCAGUGGAGUUUGUGGAGAUCAAAGGGCGGGCGUCGAUUCGAUUUCUUGUGAAAUAUGACGAAUUAUUUAAAUACGAGUAUAAUCAGGAGAUACCUCAGGAUAACGAGGAGUUAUUCAAAAAACUUACCGACGAAUAUUUGAAGAAUGGUACCCGAAUUGACACACUAAAUAUCUAUAGCUUCCCGAAAUGUCUGGAAGAGAAGAAUCCGGAGACGUGGCAGUUGAAGGUGUCUGAGUUUAAGAUGAGAAAUACUGACUAUGCGACGUAUCUGAAGAUACGACCGUUUAUCUUGGGGAGUCUGCCGUUGAAGAGAUUAUGUUUUUGUUUCAGAGAGGAUACCUUGCCAAUGUUUGAUGAUCCGUUGCUCCAAACGUGCAAUAAACUCUUCCUCCAAUUCCCCUAUUACAACCCGGAUCCAAUCAACGACGUCCUCAUGAAUCUCCAGAAUCCACACGUCCAAAUUACCUAUCUGAAUUUGCCAAUUGAAAGAUUGCAGGAGGUGGCACAGAGAUGGAUUCGAGAUCGCCGACCAAUCGGUCAUACAUUUUCAUAUUCUAUCGAAAAUUUCGAUUACAUUUUGGAUUGUUUUGAGGAGUUCGAGCUGAUAUUUGACGCGAAACCUUCCAGAAUUACGAGUCUUGGCACCACGUACCUCUCCCACGCUGUCACCAUCCCCAUCGACGACGUGUCCGAAUUCGUGAUCUCCGGCGCGAAAUUCGAUACCUAUUGGCCACCAUUUCAAUGGAAUCUCAAAAUGGAAGUUAUGCCGAGAGGCGCGACGGUUCCCAAAUAA